CAACUGUUGUCUCAAUUCGUAUCAAAUUAGCAAUUUUAUUUUUUGAAUUUAUUCAUAUAUCAUUUAAUUAUAUCCAUAUUAUUUACGAUACAGUGAAUGUAUCGUUUUUAUUUCGAAUCAUUUUCACGAGGAAACACUUGAUAAACCUGAACGUCAUACAUGUCAAAAUGGCCCGGGAAUAUGAUCAUUUAUUUAAGCUUCUAAUAAUAGGAGAUAGUGGUGUAGGUAAAAGUUCACUACUAUUACGAUUUGCUGACAAUACUUUUAAUGGCAGUUAUAUAACGACAAUAGGAGUGGAUUUUAAAAUUCAAACUGUGGAUGUAGAUGGUGAGAGAGUAAAACUCCAAAUUUGGGAUACAGCUGGACAAGAACGUUUUCGGACAAUAACUUCAACUUACUACAGGGGAACACACGGUGUUAUAGUUGUGUAUGAUGUGACCAGUGGUGAUUCUUUUGCUAAUGUUAAAAGAUGGUUACAUGAAAUCGAACAAAAUUGUGAUGUGGUCAACAGGGUACUUGUAGGGAAUAAGAAUGAUGCACCUAAUGAAAAGGUGGUAUUAACAGAAGAUGCACAAAGAUUUGCAAAUCAAAUGGGAAUUCAGUUAUUUGAAACUUCUGCUAAAGACAAUGUUAAUGUGCAAGAAAUGUUUAUGGCUAUAACACGACAAGUAUUAAGAACCAAAAAAGAAAGGAAGGAACGACAAGCUAUACAAACCAGUGAAACAGUCAAUUUAAGGAAAAGCACAAAACAACAUAAAAAGAAGUGUUGUUAACAGCAUUGUAUAAGCAUGCAAUCUGUUGUUGAUAUCAUUUAAUCACAUAACACAAAUGAAACAAAAAUAAGCAGAGAGCAUGUGAUAGCGAUAAAAUGAUCAUAUAAUGUAAUACUGACGUUUUUUAAAACUAUUAAGUUUUGUAUUUAUAUUACAACAUCGAAGAUUGUAUUCUCAUAGAAAUAUACUUUGAUGCUAGUAAUGUUCAAUAUACAUAGGAUGCAAAUGUUAUGAGUGUGUAGUGUUUAUUUAGCAAAAAUAACUUUGUAAGUACACACUUUUCAAAAAGCUGCAUUUUAAAUGUGGCAUUAAAAAUAUAAAGGCCUAUUUAUAUUGUACAAUUCAUAAUUUACAAAAUAUCAGCACAAAAAGGAAAAACAAGUGAAAUAUACAUAACUGCU